AUGUUGCCGCAUGUUGCUGGAGGCAUCGAUGACUCUGCCCUCCUGAGGCUGAGGCUGUACGGAUCGAGCCUAUUGGAAAAGGCAGAAAAGGCAGACUUGGCCCAGAGACUCAUCAGCAGGCCUCCAGAGCGAGGGCAAGCCUCUCACCUGGGCAUCUCACGUUGCUGGACUGGUGAUGUCAAGUACUUUCUUCCUUCUGUUGCCUGCUUCUGCCUGGUGUUCCCCAACCAGGUCGCCCGUUCGCCCAUCCUGGAACCGCAGCCGCUGAAGGGUUCCCGCCCCUCCCCCACUUCCUCUGCCACUGCCUCUGCCUCUGCCUCUGACUCUGGCCCUGUUGCUCCCGCAGGUGCUCCCGCUUCUCAGGUCGCUCCUUCCGCGCCUGCCAACGUCGAAGUCCAAGUCGAGUCAACGUCGUCUCCAACAAGACGUCGUCUUACUGCUCCCCACCACAGCCCCAUUGCUGCCUUCAUAUAUCGCCAUUUUCCCAAGGCCACAUGGGCUCUCUCUGCUAGGCAUCGCCAACAACCUCUUCUCAUGGCGGCCGAGCACAGGCCCGAGACCGCCUCAGAGGAGGUCUCGGAAGAGCGCACCGAGCCUUUUUCUCAAUCUGAAAUCGAUGCUCGCUUCAAUCGCUUCGGCGUCGAGGAGACAAGCGCCGUUCCCAAUGACGAGCAUGUUUCACUCGAUGACUUGCAGGUCGAGGACCACCACCACAGACAGGGCAUCCGCAUUCUCGUGCGCCCUCUCACCAAGUUGAACAGCACGCGAUCCGUGAGCCCCGGUAGCGAUAAUUGUCGCUGGCUUGCGCUUCGUGCUGAAGUUGCUUCGUCUGAUCAGCCUGAGCACAAGGUGCUAGCUGUGACUCAGACUUCCAAAGAUAUCAAGUUUUCCGUCCGCAUUCCUGGAGAGAGCCAGGACGAUGCUCCGCGCCCGCCAUUGUGGUGCGAGUUAUAUUAUGAUCCCGCCAGUGACAAGGUCAUCUUUUUGAACAAGUCCGACGUCCCCAUCUCGUUACACAAGGUGUCGCAAACCUCCUCACUAGGCAGCCCGCCUCUAGGUGACACCAACAUCAUCAACCCGGGGCUCAUCAAGGCAUUGCGGCCCGGCACAUGGCGCAUAAGAGUUCGCGACAUUGCCGUUUUGGAUUUUCGCAUUCUCGAAAAGCGACCUGUCACACUGUAUCAGGCGCGGCCUGCCUUACCUCACCAGUCAUCCUCUCUGACUAGCUCCAAUAGCAAUUCCAGUGUGAAGCGAGCACUGAGCCCAGAUGAAGAUGAGAAGAGAGUCAAGCGUCGUAUCUCAGAUGCCUCUAACCAAGCAGACGACGGCGUCAUCAUGUUCCUCCGUCCCGCCGCUGAUCCGCUGGUGUUCCCUCUGCCUAACGGGAGAGAGAGCAAGGAGCUCUCUGCCGCAUCAACUCACGCCCUCCUAGACGCGGACAAAGGCGACACGAUUGCCAUACCUGGCGUGUGUGAACUCGACGAAUAUUAUCUAACCAAACGCGAUCCAAUUGCCUCCACCGCCCUGUCCGCCGUUUACACCGCAGACCACUCGAAAGUCCCUGAUAAUAUUGUUACGGUCAAAGUUCUCAAGACAAGAGUGGCCAAUGCGAACGAUAAGCCGUAUGUGCAUGAGCGAAAUGUGAUUCGUCAGGCCGAUAUGUGGCUGCGCGAAUGUCAAAGUCAAGAAGAUUUGCAACAUGAAUCAAUCGUGCGGUACUAUGGAGGAGACGCACGAUAUCUGUCACUAUAUAUGGAGCACGUUGAUGCUCCGGAUUUGACGGCUCCAAGCCGAUGGAGGAACAAGCAAAAUGACUUGUUCAUGGGAAGUCGACAUGAUGCGAUGCGAAUCUUGCGCGACAUUGCCAGCGCGCUGGGUUACAUCCACGGCCGACAAUUGGUUCACAACGACAUCAAACCAGCCAAUAUUUUAUAUUCGCCCGAGCGUGGAGCCGUCCUUUGCGACUUUGGUCUAUCAACUCCCGCCGCAAACUCCCCAUCGGGCGGAGGAACGCCCUAUUAUGUGCCACCCGAGUUCAUUGGGACAAAACUCCGCGGUCCUGCUUCGGAUGUUUGGGCCCUAGGCAUCACCAUGUUGUAUGUCAUGCGCAAGAUUACGUUCCCUGACAGCAGGGCAAGGCGGCAUCAUCCAAAGCCGCUGUACUGGCUAAUCGCGGGCAUCAACAACCCUUCCAUGCCACACAAGCAGCACGGCAAUGGCCAUCCAGCCGUGAGCCAAAUGCGUGCUUGGUUGGAGGAGAUGUUUGAAGCCAGAGAAAGGCUCAACCCUAAAGACCGGUUGGAGCGACUAGUAAAGGAGAUGUUGACUCCGAACCCAAACCAUCGCAUCACCAUGAAGAAAGUGUUGCAGGAGCUGUUGAUUGAACUUCCUGCAAAGGCUGGCUGA